CACAGGAUCACACUUACCUCGAUAUAGACACGAGCAUUAGUCUUCAAUUACAAUUAAUUUUCGAUGAAUCAAAUCAUGGUUAGAAAACACUGUGUAUAAUUUGCGUAGUUAUAUAUAUGACGCCAUAACACUGAAGCGAGGCUCCCGAACUUGCACUCCACCACAGUGGCGUGUUCUACUUAAAUAUUAACCAUACCACACACUCAGACUCAUUGAUCACGCAAGUCUAACAACUGGCAGGUCUACCCGUGUCUCGCCCUAUCGUUCACACGCGAAAUUGAUUCAAAUUUACACUCACGAGCAUGAUAAAAGUCUUAUUGUGUGUGUAUUGCUGUAGAAGGUGGUGGGUAGAGGGGGUGGACAGAGGCAGAGCGCGUGAACUGCAGCGUGGUUGUGCACGGUCACAGGUGAGCGAGCACCUUGUCAUAUGAAUGGAUCACUAGACAGGCGACGACGGGGAGUGCGAGGACAGUAGCGCCGCGGACCUCAGCCCGGGACAGUCAUGGUAAUUCCGGUGCUAGUGUGAACACUCCGCCACCACUCACUACCUGGCCAGCGGUGUAACAACUCUCAACCACAAGAUCCCGCACUCUACACCAACUGGAACACUAUAGUGGCUUUCACUACUUGCAAUAAUUAUUCAAACUGCUCGUUUUGGUGUUGUAUUUAAUCUGGUGAUUUUUAGAAAGAAAAACAAAUCAAAGAAAGGCGUCUUCUGUGAAUGUGUGACGCUGCCGCCUGUCAACAUUGCUAAUAAUUAAUUUGGCCGGGACAAUGAUUUAGUGCCUCAAGAAAAAAAAUAUUCAGUUAACUCGUAUUUUAUCGUUUAUUAACAAUGACAAAAUACUAAGGAUAUGGGCGAGUCAAUCUCUCCCCUACGUGAACACUGUCAAUAUAUUUCAUUGAGCGCAUUAUGGACACUCAUGGUGCAAUUAGCAGCUGCUAUCUCAAAGUAUCCCCAAACAUCACUGAUUUUCGUUUUCUGUGAAUGUUGGCUUUUAGCGGUUUUCUGUGAGGGUCAGGGGAGACUCGUGGACCCACCUUCAAGAGCGUCUAUGUGGAGGUUUGGUUUUAAAAACCCAGUACAAUUCGGCGAUGACCGCGUCAACUGUGGGGGGUUCCGGAAGCAGUGGAAGGAGAACCAGGGUCAGUGUGGUGUGUGUGGAGACCCUUGGGACCUGCCUCGCCCACGCCCCCACGAGACCCGCGGCAGGUACGCCAGGGGCACCAUCGUCAGGAGCUACACGCAAGGACAGGAGGUGGAGCUGGUGACGGAGGUGACGGCGGCUGGUAGUGGCUGGGUGGAGUACCAUGUUUGUCCCAGGACCAGUGUGUGGGCCCUGGAGGACCCCACCUGCUUCACCCACACCCUCCAGGACGACGCUGGCAGGACCAAGUUCCCCAUCAACAUGACCCAGAAACUAGGCCGUGUGUCUCACAGGCUUAUCUUGCCCGCGACCCUCUCCUGUUCCGCCUGUGUCAUCCAGUGGCGGUAUGUGAAGCUUGGCCGGCCAGAGCGGACAGACUAUCGCGCAUGCGCCGACGUUACCAUUACUCCCUCCAUCUCAGUCCCUUCGGAAGGUGUUCUAUCUGACGCAAGCUACGGCUCCACACCCCGCCCGCUGAAUGACGCCCCUGCUGCGUCAGAGAAAGUAUUCACCGCCUCUCCGACGUCUUUGAACACCACAACUAACAGUCCAAAACCUGAACUAACUACAGCCCCUCCCGUCGUUGUCUCCCCUGCCCCGUCAAAACCUGUAAAUAUAACCUGUCCUGACCUGAAGGUACAGUCAGGCCGCUCGUGUACCUACCGGGCCCCCGGACACGACCACCCCGGCGGCGGCGGCGACGCCAUCACUAGCCGUGGGUCGACAGCCCUUCUGGUCUCGGUGAUGCUCCUUGUUAUUAUCUAGGCUGGAGGACCUUGUACUAAGCUCUCCCUCGUGGCGACAGUUUCACAGUCAUAAUAUUUGGUUGGUUCAUAAACUAUUGUUCUGACGUAAUGUUUCCACCGCUAAGGUAGGACUGAACACGUGAAAAAUCUUUGAAAACAUAUUUCAAUGUUUAGAUAUUGAUGAUAUCAUGAAUGUUAAAGUUUUAACAAUUUCCUAUCUAUAAAUUUAUAAGUUGUAAGGUAUACCCAUCUCGCAUGAAAAUACGUAAAAUACGAAAAUACGUGACCAAUGAAUAUACGUAAACCUGUAAAUUAAAUGUAAAGUUCAUAUAUAAAAGGCUUUUAAGUUAAUAUAUGAACUCGCCAACAACCACCAGGAAGGACAACCACAAAAUAUUAUGUUUGUAUGUACAAAUUUGUGUAAUAAUAGUUAAUGUUAGGUUCUCAGUGUGUAUGUUAUUUCUAAGUCACGUAACCUGUUGUAGCCUAUGGGAGGAGACCUGUCUAUGUAUCAGCAAAAGUGCCCAAGAUAGGACUGAGGAAUUUUUUAGUUGUGAGGAAGCCCGACCUUUGUGCUCUUUAAUCAUUAGUCUUCGUCUGUUUAAAGCCUCGUAUGCAGAAUCCGAACCAAAGUUUUGAGCAAAGGCAACUUUUAGUGAAGCAGGAGGUACAAAACUACAAUUGUUAUGUAGAUCUUUCCAAUAGUAAGAUUUUAACUAAGACUGAUAAAUCUGAGUGCACUGACAACAGGAGUCACUGUUGACCGUUGAUGCGAGACUGUCCACGGCCCAUUUUGUUUUUUUGAAUUCAGCAAUUCAUUUGGAGUCGGGAGGAGUAAUGUUGAUUGUGAUGUACUGGAUUAUCGGUAUUUAGCCAUGCGAGUACCUAAACAAAUGGUCGUACUCAUAAUUUUGUAGGAAAAACACUUUAACAGGAAUUUUCUCAAUGCAGCAAGCAAGCAACAGCCUAUGGGAGUUUGUGGGAAAUUCAAAGGUAGUUUCGUUUUCCAUUACUCAGCAGAUGGUGGAGCAAGGUAGAUCACUACUCCAUUCCCUCACUGUCAGGCCAACAGUUGCCACAAGUUAUGUGUGAUAUUCUAAUGUUAAGAACGUAUUGACAAACAUUUAACUGGAUAUGCGAGCUUAUUGGAAUUAUCUUGAGUGACCCAUGUAUAUAUAUAAGCCUCAAUCUGUAUUGGACUAUGCUCCAUACAUGUGAAAAGGUAAUAAGCAAAGGCAGCUGUACAAGCUGUGCACACCCCUAAUGGGGACUUCCCAGCCACCCCUAAUGGGGACUUCCCAGCCACCCCUAAUGGGGACUUCCCAGCCACCCCUAAUGGGGACUUCCCAUUAGCCGUCCCUAAUUCUUUCUUGGGCACUUGCCUCGAUCAUCGGGAAUUAAUUAUUGGAGUAGCCCUUAGUAUUCUUAUCCGUCUCCAAAGAACACAAAUGUAUCUGCACAUUUGUAUCGGCAGACUAAUAUGAGCAUGAUCUCGCCUGUCAUACAUUAAAGGAAAUAUUGCAGGGCGUGAAGCAGUGAACAUUAUUCUAAAACGUUUGGCCACAUUCAAGUCUCCUCGCACAAAGAGGACCCCAAAUGUGAAGACCUGUACCUUGCACUAUAUAUUUAAUAUGAAUGCUGACGACUAACACUAACUGACGAAGUGAUAUUUGAAUUAUUUCCAACUAAAUUUCUGUAUUUUGAUAUCAGUUAUUAAAAAUUGAUGUAUUUGCAUUAUUAACCGGGUGAGAUUAUGACCGUGUUACCAUUAUUUAAUAUUUAAAUUAGUGUGCAUUUGAUUUAUGUUAAUAUAUGCCAGUAAUGUAGAUUGGUACUUUGCUAGUAUACCAAGCUUGCAGUGUUGAUACCACAAUGAGUCUUACGCAUUACCAUACCAGAGCUGUCUCAAAUUAUUUUUUGUAGGGUAACAUUAUCCUAAUUUUAUCCUUUAUUGUAAUCACUGGCACUGUGUUAGUAAAUGUAUAUAUAGUU